GGCGCAGGGGAGCUCGCUACAGCAGAGCCUGCUACACUUUCCGCACUUGGUUUGCCUCCAAUACAUACUCGUCUAGAACAAAUAAAUGGAAAUCUCGUAAAGCCACCUGCUUCAGGAGGUUUAAUACCAUCGCCAUUUGAAGAAGAUUUUAGCACUAGAGAUCUUGUUACUGGAGGCUCAACCGGGUCUGGUACUCCAGGAGGCAAUGGGGGAAGCACGCCUACUGACGAUAUCACAUUCGAAAUGUCCUAUGAUGAACAGGGACCACCGGGACCAGGACCUAUGCUAGGAUCUUCAUCCUCAUCUGCAACUUCGCCUGCCGUCCCUACAGACCAGCCUCCAGAGGCCAGCACAAGAACUCCAGUGUUAUCUUCGCAUCAUAAUUCGAAUAUUAGUACCACAGGAGCAGGAGGAGGCUCUGCUUCUGGUUCUGCUUUGCCUUCGUCCUCUCAGUUUGAUCCUAGUCCAACACUGUUGUUUGGGAAUCGAGAUGCCAGAUCUUCUUUUUCCCAGUACGACGAGCGAUAUGGCGAGCCGAUUCCUCUGCCUUUUGGGCCUGAUGACGAAUCUCCAGUGAUCGAUGACUACUUAGCUCGUGCUAGCAGUUCUAGUGUCGUCUGUCUGCAGAACGAGCAAAGACGUCCAUCCUUUGGGUAUGGAGGCAGCCGAUCUGGCAGCGAUGACGGAGGCUUUUUAUCUCCGGCUGAGCUCGCGAGUGAAGAUGAUAGUGAGUUUGGUUCGUCCUCAGGGCGUCGAGGAGGCAUGCAGCCUCCUUAUCAAGGAACUUCUAGGUCUCCAGAAGGACCACGUGGUGGAGCUCCUAGUACAGCAAGCGACAGUGAACAGGUGACAGUCUGUUAUUUCGACAAGGAUGCUUACUCAACGUCAGAGCUGCGUGAUUUCAGGGCUGAAGAAGCUGCGGCACGACGCGAAGUACAACAAAUGUACGCGGCUGCAUCUUCAAGCACUUCUACUUCGCUGCCUUCGGCUGGUGCUAUACCAAUACCAAGUAGAGAUAAUUCACACUUUGGUGGUGGCAGUAGUGCUGGUCAAUAUUCAACAUCUGGUCCUCAAGUACGACAGACUGGUCCUCGAGAACAGAUUGGGGGGUCAUCCUCCUCUGGGGGCUUUCGUGAUUAUCAGGGGGAGACGAAACACCAGCGUGGUAGUGCGGCAACCUGGUUUGUUCCCCCGCAACAGGUGUUAAGGCCAAACAAUUCAUUGCUGACUUCAGGAACGGGAAUUGAUGUCUGUUUAUAGAUGAAACUUGAACGUCUUGAAUAUUGGAAUUCAAAUUCGCUUUUGCGUAUUGUACUUUGCAUUACGAGGGAGUGAUUUUCGCCGAGCCCAUCUUGUGUUUGUACCCAAAAAGGAAGCAAGCUGAGGAUGAUAGCUCCAUAGAGUCUUUUUUGUCUUCUCAAUGAACUUCAAGGAGCUAGCACAACGUAGAGUUUGUCUAAAACGGAGUAUUCAGCAUGACCAGUUUCUUUUUCCCGACUUGGCAGAAGACUCGGGCGCAUCGUCGACGUCGUCGUCGGCUUUUGGUGCUGCAGAUCCUCGGAGCGCUGCCGCGCUUUACGAAUCGGCUAUUACUAGAGUCUGGUCUUCAACAAAAUACACUGAGAGAUGGACCAAAUUAGUAGGAGAUGCUAGAAGAUGGUGACAAAUCCAUUGUUUUCCUUCGUGCGUUUGGGCGUCUAAUUCAUCCAUGAAAUCAAAGGGACGAAGUUGACGACCGAUCUCACGUUUCGAUGCGAUGACUUGAGUUUAGCGAUAUAUGGUGGCACGGAUUUCGCUAUGGACAGUCGUGCGAAGCUCCAGACCCUAACACAGCCUGCCGCAGCCAACAGACUUAAUAGACGACGGAAAGACCUUUCCCUGGUGUUGCAACUAAAAAAGGCCCUAGCGCGCAUGAUGGUGCCCGUUGGUUCGCAGAAGUCGACUGGCGGUGAGGGAGAUGCUCACGUUAUGGCUUUGUAUAGCAUAGAGUAGUAGUAGGGCGCCGCCGACUUGUGCAACUAUUGUCUCCCCCCUCGUUGUAGUUCGGGGGCUCUCCGGUAUUGUGCUAGUGAUCUGGUGACAAGUGGGCGUAACCAAUGGUUACGCCCACUUGCGACCAACGUGGUCGAGAGCCUUGGGCGGGUGCGUGGUGUGUGACUCGGGGGCGGCGGCCCCCAAUCGGAAUUGCUUCCCUCUGGUCUGUGUCCUCCGAUGAUUCCCAAAUAAGGUGGCGAGCCUUCUUCGUGGCUUCACUCUCUAAAAAUGCCAGAAACACUUAUCGGAGCUCGGGCGUGGUCGGAGACUCGCUGCCUUGUGAUGUGCUGCAACGGAGGCUGGUGGUAUCUGUGCAUGAUCUGCUUCUGCGUGAUGAGGUUCAAACGUCUGCUUUUCAACACGUCUUGUCUUACUACCACGACGAGAAAAACCGUCCGCGAGGCAGCGACCUGGACAUGCUAGUCGUGCGAUUUUAAGACAGUUGUUCUGAUUGUAUUCGGUAUGCUAUUGCAUAUUGUUACAGAUUGAUCACAAUUGGGUUUGCCUCUUUUAAGGCAAGAAUCAUUAUACGUUUAGGAAUUGUAGACCACCAUCUAAAGCCUCUUCUAAUCUCCAGAUGAGUACGCUUCUGCUGCCAGUCCGCUCACUUCUAGUCAACAGAGUAGAGAAUUGAGUCUAGACGUGAAGCUUUUGCCUCUGCGGUUCACGAUAGAUCAAGAUGUAGUGGACUUCGCCUUUAGAUUCGUGCGGUUGACGACGUUGCCCAGGUACAUCGAAAUGUCCGAGGAAGAGGAAGGCGACUUGGUCAACAUUCGAGAAGUUAAGGCUCAUGAUGAUGGUAAUGCAUCUGCACAAUGUCAGUCUUCGUUUUUUUCUCAGCUCGUUUCGCUAUGACCUUAGCAAGUGAAGAUGAAUUAUCGUGAGCGCUAAAGAAAAGUCAGAUCCUUUGUUUGGCGCCAGUGCCACAGCUGCAGCAACAUCGUCACAAUCGCAUGUAGCAGGAACAAUAGGAGGAGAUCGAGAUCGAACACGCCAUUCUUCUUCUUCCACCUCCUCUGCAUCAUCAACUCCCGGAGCGACGCGUUUUCAGCAUGUCAGAGUUUCAGCGCUGCUUGCAGUCAUGGACUACCGUGCGAAACGCUUAGAUGUGCAGGCUCUGCAGCGUGGCGAUUUGUCGGAGUUGAUCAAUCUCUUACCUCUGCUAGAGGGUUUAGAAAUCGCAUUCCGUAGCGUGAGACUCAGCAACGUUCCGGCAUCGCGUUUGGGUCUGUUGUUAGCGGAGAAGUGGUCGCGAGACUUGAACAGGUCUCAAAUUUUGAGAUCCUUGUCCGGCAUUACACCGAUUCGGAGCUUCGCCAACAUCGGAAGCGCUUUGACGGAGUUCUUAUGAUGAUCAGGCGUGAAUCUGAAUGUUAUUUGUUUCUAGACCACGUAGUACACGGUCAUAAGAACGAAGAUCAUGAGGGACGGCUUUUUCUAAAAAAAUCACGUUCACUUCAUACAAGAAUAUAUCCAAGGACGCAUUGAAGAUUGAUGUUUGCUAUUGUACUAUCGCAGAUGAAGAAAUUCAACAAGUUCAAUGAAUUGCUUUCUCGGACGAGUCAGAAACAGAGUCUUCUAAGAAACGUCCGUGAACCCCUUCAACUCGCUUUGGCCGAACAAUUUGGUGGCUUGGUUCCACGUGGGCGCGCGAAUCGGAAUAACACUUUGAGUCGGUUUGAGCAGCAACACCAUCUAUCUAGACUUCUGGUGCGUGGUGCCACAGGGUUUUUGCGAAAUUUGACGAUUGAGUCCUUGGAACUCACUGAAAAGGCGUUCUUUGCUACGCAAUCAGUGUUAGAAUUCGCGGAGAAGAGCAUUGGAGAUUCGUCGAAUUCGAGAGGUUCUGAUGCGGCAAGUCGUCGCACCGCAGCUCAGCGUGCAAGGCAACAACGCGCUGCAGCUCUGCGGGCUCGAGCACCAGUGCGCGGCGCGCGCUAUGCGAGAGAGGAUGACGAUGGGAUGAUGGAGAAUAGUGGUAAAUUUGCGACUUUGUUGGAUAACAAGUAAUUUAUCAAUCUGACUCCCUGGCACGUUCAAUCGAGAUUUCCAUGCGCUAGCUCCAACUUUGCGUCAACAUUUAGACAUGUUUUAGGGCUGCACGGUACCCACCCUGUGGUAUGGUCUGAGGUGGCGCGCGCGCGCUUUUUCCCGCUGAUUUUCGCGGAUUCUAGUGGUGAAAGGCGUCAAAACUUGGCGCGGGCCUCCCCUUGCGCCUCUCUGCGUGUUCCUCAGGGACCUCCCGGCCUCUGCUGACCCUCGCAGGCGGGAGGCCUCCGGGGUGAAAGGCCGCCGAAGGCGGCCACGGUCUCAAGAGCAAGCAAGUCGAUGACCAAGGGCCCGGAGGGUUACAGGCCGCACGGCUCGGGGGGUCCAGCCCCUCGCCUUUUGCCGCCUUCGGAGGCCUUCCACUACCGGCGCACUGCUGGGGCGGCGAAGCAUAUCGGAGGCACUUAGGGCACAGGCAGGCAGCUGGAAGGGAGCGGAGGAGGCCACUCGGCCCCCCUUUUGAGGCUUUCCACCCCUGGCAGACGCCUUGAAAAGGGGCCCGGGGCCGCGCGGUGCCCCCCCGAUAUAGCUACUACGUACUUAAAAACGUUUUCAAAUAACAUUCUACACCCCAGAUGAUCCCUAGGUACUUAAAAACGAUUUCAAAUAACCAACUAGAUGAUCCCUAUGCUCCCUUGAUGGAGGAUGAGGAGUGGCUUUCUGUAGACAAGGGUGCGCGUGAAGGCAUGCAACCUGCCGAUGGGAUCGAGGGGUUACAGAUGGGUCUCGAGUCCCUAAAGAGGAAUAUGGUUGACGCUGGCCGCGUCCUGAGUGAUCCUCUGUUAAGGCUAAGGGUUGGCAACCAAUUACAUCCUGCACUAAUAUCGUGAACGUAAUCGUGCCUGGCUCUUUUUCUAGUUGUAGCAAAGAGUCCGGGGCAGGGACUGUUUUUUCAGUAGACAGGAAAUCGGGACAGCUUUUCCUUUUAUGAGGAAUGUAAUCGAUACACAAGUACUUUGUGUAAAAGCCUUAUCUAACAUUCGCCUCGAGAGGAGCUGAAUCCGCUGAAGAUCGAGUGAAGCAGUUGGCGAGGGGCGUGCCUAUAUGCAUCUUGAAGCCGGCUAUCGGCGUAAGCGGAUUGGCAGCGACGACUCUGCGAGGCGUCAGGAACAGCAUGGACCACGAUAGACGGGAAGAGCUGGAAAGGAAAUAUAAGGCGCCUGGGUGAGUAAACAGAGUAGGUCAAAAAGGCUGACGGUGAGAAUGAAGCAGGAUCAUUUUUUUGGAAGAUUUUUUGUUAUCACAGAAAGAGCAUACGACUUUAUAUUUAAAUAGUUCUCUUGAAGAUCGACUUAGGUUCUCAUAAGUAGAUACAGGUUUUUUACAUUGAAACUACAUGUCAUGUGACUCAUGUUCAUCAUGUUCAUGGAUAUCCGAAACUACUAUCUAUGUUUACGCAUCAAAAACGCAAUUUCGCAAAGGAUUGAUAAUUGGUUAAUAAUCCCUAGAUUGAAUCAAUGAACGAUAGGUAGAGGAAUGUUCUGCUAGAUAGAUGUAAUGUUGUCGCGACAUAGCCGACCGCAUGUCAAUCUUAGUUGAACAUAGAUGCUGAGAACGAUGACAAGAGCAUCAACGUCAUAGUAUCUGAAGCAUGUGUAUAACUGGUCAUUAACAUGAUGUGUACAACUUAAUGUUCCGUCUGUCUUCAAUCAAUCAGAAGACUGGGGACACUGAGCCAGCUAUUAAGGUUAAUCUCUCAUCCGAUAAUGCUACUGUAGGUACUUACGCAGCGUCACCGAGCAAAACGUUUUUUCAGUUUUUUUGACUUUUUGCUUGGGCCGUUUCAUUUUUUUUUUCGUGAAUAAUCUAAUGAUAUCAAGUAGAAGAUGCCAUCGUCUUAUCGCUUUCUCUUCCGGUUUUCAAAUCUAGUGCUAGUGUAUGAUGAAUCGUUCUCCAUUUUUUUAUGAGAUCUACGUCCUAGGAGUUCAUCCCGGUCAAGGAAUCAUUGAUUUAAAUGCUACGCUUGAGUGGUACCACAUAACAUCAGUAUGCAUGGCAAUGUAACAAAGACAACAUAGGUAUCUCAUGAGAAGAUGUCGUUGUCAUGGAUGAGACUCCACAACGAUGAUGUCGUGUGCCUUUUGAGGCUAUGUUAGCGUUGUCUCGAUUCCACCUGUGUAUAAU